GCCUUCAUAUGCGUUCGCUGCAAAUUUAACGGGGAACGUCUCUCGCUCUCUCUUAGAUUGCCGUCAAAAGUAAACCCGAAAUCAAAAGGGACUCUCGGGAAGAUGUCGAUCUUCGAGUACAAUGGAAGUGCCCUAGUGGCUAUGGUGGGUAAGAACUGUUUUGCCAUCGCCAGCGAUCGGAGGCUUGGUGUUCAGCUUCAGACUAUCGCCACCGAUUUCCAGAGGAUAUACAAGAUCCACGACAAGCUUUUUAUUGGUCUUGCUGGCCUCGCCACUGAUGCCCAGACACUCUAUCAACGGCUCGUGUUCCGGCACAAAUUAUACCAGCUUCGAGAAGAAAGGGAUAUGAAGCCCGAGACAUUUGCCAGCUUAGUCUCUGCUAUUCUAUACGAGAAAAGGUUUGGUCCAUACUUCUGCCAGCCUGUAAUUGCUGGAUUAGGAGAUGAUGAGAGACCUUUCAUUUGCACAAUGGACUCAAUUGGAGCAAAGGAACUUGCAAAAGAUUUUGUUGUUGCAGGCACUGCGUCCGAGUCUCUAUAUGGUGCUUGUGAGUCGAUGUUUAAGCCUAACAUGGAAGCAGAGGAAUUAUUUGAGACCAUCUCCCAAGCACUGCUUUCAUCUGUUGAUCGUGACUGUCUAAGUGGCUGGGGUGGACAUGUCUAUGUUGUCACGCCAACUGAAGUAAAGGAAAGGAUCUUGAAGGGAAGAAUGGAUUGACCUUUAAGCCCAUUUCCUAUCUUUUAUUGUCUGCCGAAUUCAGGAGCUAGGUGGGAGAUAUCAUUUACUGAACCUUUAUGUCAAUGAGUACAUUGUUACAGUUGCAAGUUAAAACGAUGUUCGAGAUCGCUUAGUCUAGUCCCGCGUGUUGUGAAUUAAACUAAAUGCCCUGUUCGAAUUUGUUUGUUAGUGGAUGCUAAAGCGCGAGAACGAUGCAAUAUUGCUUUUUCUUCUCCUGCCCUAGUACAAUUGUAGUUUAUUUUGAUCAU